GCCUUUGAGGGGCUCAGAAGGAAAUUAGUACAGCUCCAUAUCUGCAUGGACUUCAUAACUUUUAAACUCUCGGACUGAAAGAUAUGGGGACACACACACACAAACACAGGUACAGGAAGUACAGCCAGACCAGAGCCUUUUCAGACCGCAGGUGACCCGAAGACCGUUGCCUUUCAUUCAUUCGUCUGCUCGCCUCGGUGGAGUUCUUUACUAGCCUACGAUCCCUGAAAGAGAAAUUGGACAUAUUUUUUAAAGGUCCUUGCGCCCUCCCAGAGGAGGAAAUUGAUGCUCUGGAGAGAAAUACCCAGAGUCGGAUCUGGCGUCUUCUAACGCAGCUCGCAAACAAGCGAAAGACAGGGUCUGGAUAAGUUGCCGAGGCUGGUCUGGAACUUGAGAUCCUUCUGCAUCAGCCUCCUGAGAUGACAGACGAUGUCAGCGGCUUCUCCAAAGGUCAUUAACCAGUGAUACAUCAAGUGCAACCUUGAUUCAUACAGAGCAGCCUUGAUAGGAAAUCCCCUCUUCUUCACCUGGCAGCAUUGAUUCCUGGCAGAAACCAGGGCUUCCCCUCCCUGGUGAGGAAGGAAUGUCAUGAAUGAGGAUCCUUGGCUCUUCUCUCUAGCACUAAGAAAUCUCUGCACCGCCUCUUGCAAAUAAAUUGAGAGCAGUUCUGGAAGUUUCAAGUCCAAGAUGCAGCAGAUUCAGUGUUUGGUGAGGACCUACUUCCUGGUUCACAGAGAACCUGUGACUGUGUGACCUUAUAUGGAGAGAGUGCUCUGCAGCUGCGAAGGAUCUCAAGACGUGGAGAUUAUCCUGGGCCUGGUGUCAUCACAAGGGCCCGUGCAAGAGACAGACAAGGAGGUGUGUCAAUGGAAACAGACUGGAGUGAUGUGCUUUGAAGAUACUGGACAGGGCCACAAGCCAAGGAAUACUGGCAUCCACUCAAAGGUGAAAAAGGUGGCCAUGGUGGAGGUGCAGCUGGAUGCUGACCACGACUACCCGCCAGGCCUGCUCAUCGCCUUCAGCGCCUGCACCACGGUGCUGGUGGCAGUGCACCUGUUCGCGCUCAUGAUCAGCACCUGCAUCCUGCCCAACAUCGAGGCCGUGAGCAAUGUGCACAACCUCAAUUCGGUCAAGGAGUCGCCGCACGAGCGCAUGCACCGCCACAUCGAGCUGGCCUGGGCCUUCUCCACCGUCAUCGGCACGCUGCUCUUCCUGGCUGAGGUGGUGCUACUCUGCUGGGUCAAGUUCCUGCCCCUCAAGAAGCAGCCGGGCCAGCCACGCCCCACCAGCAAGCCCCCGGCCGGCGGGGUGCCCACCAACACCAGCAGUGGCAUCACCCCAGGCCAGGCCGCAGCCAUCGCCUCUACCACCAUCAUGGUCCCCUUCGGCCUGGUCUUCAUCGUCUUCGCCGUCCACUUCUACCGCUCACUGGUCAGCCACAAGACGGACCGACAGUUCCAGGAGCUCAACGAGCUGGCCGAGUUUGCCCGCUUGCAGGACCAGCUGGACCACAGAGGGGACCACCCCCUGACGCCUGGCAGCCACUAUGCCUAAGCCCUGCCACUGGGCCCCUCAGUGCUUUGGCCUUACGCCCUUCCCCAUGACCUUGUCCUGCCCCGGCCUCGAGGACAGCCGCGCAGGAGGCUGGGCUUGAUCAGGGCACAGAGUAGAGGGAAGGGGCUUUUUAAACAAGGAAUUACUGCACUUUGAGACUUUCUUCCGAGAGAGUAAGCACUUCCUGUUCUUCCAGCUCCAGGUCCACCUCCUGGGAGGAGGCAGUGGGGGCCAGAGUGGGGACAGAUGCUCUCUGUCCCUGUUCCAUCCCUGUGCCAGUGCCACCCGGAUGCUUCCUGUCCUUUCCGGCUCAUCCUCCCUCCCUGUUCAGUGUCGAGUGUGUGCGUGUGUGUUAGCACAUAAAUAUACUCGUAAGGGACACCUCU